CUGGAGUGAGGCCUGUCAAAUUAUAAAAAUUGAUUUCGGAAGAAGGAUUUUUUUGUGAAAAUGGCAUCGAUAAUGAAUUUCUGUGCUCGUAGAUAUUUGAGCCUAUCUGCUGCGGCUAGAAAUGCCGUUAAGGGACCUUCAGCUGUAUCCGGUUCCCACGAAGCUGGUGGCUAUAAAUUGUGGAAACGUCUGACAUUCUUCGUUGCUUUCCCAGCCUGUGGCUUGUGCAUGUUGAACGCAUAUUUGGGUCAUCAGGAAGAUCACCAUAAGCCACGUCAGGAAUUCGUUAAGUACGAUUACUUGCGAGUUCGCACAAAGCGUUUCCCAUGGGGCGAUGGCAACAAAUCGUUAUUCCAUAACCCACACGUUAAUGCUUUGCCAGACGGUUAUGAAACCGAUGCUCAUCAUUAGAUGAUAAAAUUGGUUCGAUCAGAAAAACAAUUAUUGAGUUCGCAAUUAACGUCUGCGGACGUGAGUUCGUUGUAGAAAGAAAAUAACUAAAUUUGAAGAAGAAAUAAAUGGUGUAAGUUCAACACAAACA